CUGACCCUGUGCUUUGUGGCCAAGUCAGAGCCCCGACGCCUGCCUUGGUCUCCCCACUCGUGAAGGCUCUGCCCCUCCUGCCGCAGCCCUGCAGCAUGCAGCCCCCGGAGAGCAGUGUCCACUAUAGCAGGUGGGAUGACAGCAGCCUGGACCAAGUCAGCGUGGCAGCCGUGUCCAGCACAGAGGAGCCCUCGUGCUGCCAGAGGAUCUCCCAGAAGCUGUGCAGGGGCAAGCUGGGGGUCGCCAUGAAGGUGCUGGGCGGAGUGGUCCUCUUCUGGGUCAUCUUCAUCCUGGGCUACGUCACCGGCUACUACGUGCACAAGUGCAAAUAAGGGCGCCCGGUGUGUGCAGUCAGGGCUGGCUGCACACGCUUCAGGGCACAGGCUCGUAGGGAUACCCUGUAUACAUGGACCCCCCUGUAUACACACACCCCACAAUACAGACCCCCAUAUACACAGACUGUUACAUAAACGCCCUCAAAUAUACAGAUGCCCCAUAUAAACAGGCCCAGUGACAAAGACCCCCCUGUAUACACAGACCCCUCUCAUGUACAUGGGCCCCAGAGGCAGACAGACACAGGGACAUGUGCUGGCACCCAGGCUUACGAAGACACCAGGGCCACGGGUGUCACAGGCCCAACACGAGGGUGCACACAAGUCCUUUAAAGGACUGAGAGACAAACCCUGUCAUGUGCCACCACCCAAAGGCACGUGGCUGGGAGAGCUGGUCCCAGCUUCAGCCGGAGCUGCAGGACACACCCAGGCCGGGCCCUGAGGCCCAGAGCCCCUGGUCACAGCAGGUGGCCAAUCUCUCCAAGCCAGGGCCUAAGCCCUUCCUUUGUUGAGGCUGGGAUAAGGGGUGCCUUCUGCAGAUACCCCAAGCCCACCUCCCUGGUGGCCCUCAGGGCAGGGUCCUUCCCACUGCCCUCCUCCCCGUGGGGGCCUGUGCAGAGCUCUCCGGGCCUUUCUGACUCCCGGGUGUACAAGGAUGGCUCCGAGGGCUGGGUCCCCCACCCUUCCCUUGGGGACUGAGACCAGCCCCGGAAGGCACUUCCUGCACAGAGCAGGGAGGGGGCCUCGGCCCUUGUCCCAGACCCACCGCCGGGUCUCCCUGAGUGAAGCAGGCGGGUGCUUCCUGGGCUGCCCACCUCACGGGCUGGGCGUGUGUACCCCCGGGGCCGGCCACUGCCAGGGAGGACCCCGGUCUGCCUCUCCUUCCCCAGGCCUGUCUGCAGGCCCGAGCUUGUGCACAAAGGCAUCAUUAAACGUCUGCUGGGUGA